ACGUGACCGAGGCUCUGUCUGUGAUGCGCGCAGCGGCGCCGGAUGUGACGCGCGUGGAGCGAGGCCUGUUUGAGCGGGCGGCGGCAGCAGCGGAGGCGUCGACUACUCGCAGUUUGUUCUCUUGGUGUUGGCGCCGGUUAACAAGUGACUCGCGAUGGGGGACGGCGUGGUCGGCGUCCCCGAGAAGGAGAUGAAGUAUUUCAUGUUCCGGCAGAUGAAGAGAUUUCGCGUCUUUGACGUCCCGGAGGAGUUGCCGAAGGAUAGGGUCAGUCUCUUGGUCAUAUCCAACCAUUAUGGACUCGUCUUUAUGGGAGGCGUCAAUGGCAUGAAAAUUAUCAGCAGUCAGUACAUUGCUUUGGCUGACAAGGAAGAGGGAAGUAUAAAUGAAAUUAUUGAAGGUGCACCUUUUAUGACAGUUAGUAUGAAGCUCCCUAUGCACCACAUUGCACUCAGCCAUGAUGAUUUAACCUUGUCUGUUGCCAUGGUGUCAGAAGAGUAUGGGCUGGUCAUUGCUUUCUUUGAUAUUCGCACAUUUCUGAAUAAGGAUAAACCUCAGAAGCGUCCAUUUGUGUAUUACAAGCCAGAAAAAAAGUGCACAGUGUUGGAUUUAAAAUGGAAUCCCACGGUAUUUUCCAUCCUGGCAAUCUGCAUGUCAGAUGGAAGCGUGACCAUAUUGGAGGUUACUGACAUCGUUAAGCAGCAUGCUAGCCUUCCGGCCACUGCUGGCAUCACUUCUUUAUGCUGGAGUCCAAAAGGGAAACAGUUGGCUGCUGGUCGUCAAAAUGGGACAGUGGUUCAAUACUCGCCGGUAUUGCAAGAAAAGAAAGUUAUCUCUUGUCCCCCUUUCUACAAAUCGGAGAACCCAGUUAAAGUUUUGGACAUACACUGGAUUAGUACAUAUGUCUUUUCAGUGGUGUUUGUAGCUGCAGAUGGAUCCCAGGAAACUCCCCCUGAUGUUGUGAUUAUUUCCCUAGCAAAAAAAGAUGAGAAGAAAGAGGAUCAGUAUUUGAAUUUUAAUGACCUGUGUUUUGGAGUAACAGCAGAGAGACGGCCUCAUUACUACCUUCACUACUUAGACGUUUGGGAUAUUCUUGUGGCCUCCUCAGCAGCAUCUAUAGAAGUCAGUAUCGUUGCUCGGCAACAAGACAAGGUCAGCUGGGAGAUGUGGCUUCUCGAAGAUGCUGCUCGAGCAGAACUUCCUGUGGCUGAGAACAGUGAUGACACCAUGCCGGUUGGAGUUUCUAUUGAUAUCACCAGUCAACUGCCUGUCAAUGUUGGUGAUGAGAAGAUGUUUGCACCUUCUCCUAUCUUGAUGAUACUCACAACCCAAGGGCUUCUUUGUUCAUUCCAUAUGAUCAACUUCAUCCCUGGAGGGAAACUGAUUGUAGUCCCAUCAAAAUGCCCACGUAUUGAAGGAGAAAGGGAACCUCAACCUCCUCAACCAUCGAUACCUGCUCCCUCUCUAGUGAUGCCAGCACAGACUUCAACUACAACACCGCGACACCCUACAAGAAUUUUGCAGCCUGCGGCUGCGUACCAUUCACCUGCUUUCCCAUCAAUGGUCUUGCCUGCUUUACCUCGCUUUUCAAAGCAGCCAGGGUUACCUCAAGCUACCAAAGCAAAACCUGAAACAGUUCUUACAGAGGGCACCAAUGGUGAGACUGAAACUGGACCCAACAUUGCAACAGACUACCAUGAGACCCAUGGUCUUAGUUCCAGUUCUUCCGCAGAAUCUCAAAACGAGGACCCACAAAAAAGGCAUGGCCCUUCCAAAUUUGUUAGGUUCAUAAGUCAAAUUGACGAGUCUUCAGCUGAGUCAUCAUAUGACUCACCGCAGCAGUACAGCCCGGACGAAGAACUGUCACAUCCUCACACUCAGCGCCAGACAGCAAAAUCAACCCAUGGCCCAAGAUCAAAUUCUGCUGGUAUGUCACGAGCUGCGCUGGGCCAUGUUGGGAAGAUUUCUGUUCCAAAAUCUUGCCCUACUCAGACCUCCGCAAUGACUAAGAUUUCUGCAUCUGAUCUGGAAAAGCAAAUGCAGCAACAGCCAACUUUAGACCCGGUGAUGAUGGGAAUCAUGGAAGAGAUUGCUCUUUUUCAGAAAGAGUUGGAUGAUUUAAAGGCCCGUACAGCCAAUGCUAACUUUGUGGUUGGCAGCACAAAGGACAUGGCUCACCUGAAAUUUGAUGCAGAGUCGCUUAAUACCUUCCUGUUCGAGAUCAAGGAGACCACUGAGUCCUUGCAUGGAGAUAUUGGCAUCCUGAAGACUGUGAUGCUGGAAGGAUUUGCUGCUGUGGAAGAUGCAACUACGCAAAAUCAACGAAACAUAGAUCAGAAUUAUCUCCAGCUUUUGCGCCGAAAACCACUUGACCCGAAGAGUGAAGCUCAGCUUAAGGAAAUUCGUCGUUUACAUCAAUACGUCAAGUUUGCAGUGCAAGACGUUAAUGAUGUGCUGGAUAUGGAAUGGGAGCAAUACCAGGAAAAGAACAAGAAACACAAGCACUUGCUUUUACCGGAGCGAGAAGUACUGUUUAAUGCACUGGCCAGCCAUCAUGAGAUUAUUAACCAGCAGGAUAAGAAGAUUAAUGAGCUGAUCAGCAGCCUGCAGAAUCUCCGCAUAUAUAAUCAGACCUCCAAGUGGUGCAUUCUUAAUGACAAAUGUCUCAGUGAUCAGUGCUGGAAUACAGAGCUGGAGAUGCUUCGCAACGUUUUGGUGAAAACUACUCUGGAUACAGCACCAAAGCUGUCUUCAAGCAGCCCAGGCAAACUAUCACCAAUGAAGCAAUCUCAACUACGGAACUUCCUUUCAAAAAGACAGACACCACCCGUACGAUCCACUGCACCAGCGAAUUUGUCCAGGUCAGCAUUUCUAUCCCCCAAAUGUUAUGAGGAUGAGACCAUCUCUGCCUUGCCAGGUGCAGAAAAGGCAAUUACUGAGUCUGAGGAACCAGAGGAGCAUCCAUUCAAGCAUUCCCCUAUUGCAAGGCGACAAUCAUUUACAGCAGCACUAAUCACCGCACAGUCAACACCCUUUGGCAAAGUGCAGCCCCCUAUCGCAUCAGUUCCAUGGCCAGCAGGCAAGACGGUAAAGCAAGGAAUGAUAGUUCCUGAGAAGCCCAUCAGCAGUGUUCCCGCUGCCCAGGCAGCAGGCCAAGCAGCUGUUCGGAGACAAUUGACUAAUCUGACACCAGUUCAAAGUGCUACCCUGGCAGAUGCUGCACUGAAGAAUGUGCCUCACGGAAUCAGUGCGCAAGUGCAGAAAGAAACAAAUCAGCCUCCAGUUCUGUCAACUAUUAUCACCCCUUCUAUGCCAGCCUCAAAUGCAGAGAUUAUUCAGCAGGAAUUAACAAAAGUGCCCUCAGACCAGCUCAAACAGGGAUCUCAGACAAGUGUGAAAGAAUUUGCAUUGCCUCUUGCUGAAACUGGACCAACUUCAACAGAAUCCUCCUUAUCCUCAACAUCCAUAAAAAGUUUUACCUUCACUGCUCCCCCAGGGGGUCAAGCACAAAGUUUGAAAUCUGAAAAUAUUAUUGCUGCAGCCCCUGGUCACCAGGUUCAUAAAAUCUCCUCGUUCCCAGGAGCUUCUUCUGGGUUUCAUUUUACAGCUCCUAGCACCUCCUCAUUAAAUGCUUUAACUGACGUCACACUGGGAACAACCGGAAGCGCAAAAGACUUUGGUGGAACCAAACCUGCUUUCGCAUUGGAUGCUGACGUUCCCUUUUCCUUUGGGAGCACAAAAUCCACCCUUAGCUCAACUAAUGCAUCUGGGUCCUCUACGUCCAGCAGUAGUGUCUGUAUGGGUUCAGAUCGGGUAAUAGACGACCUGUGUUUAACUGGAACACCCCCGGAGCCUGCUGCUUCUGGGUUAGCAGACCAAACUGAGGUGCAGCAGCCAAAAACUGAGCUCCAUCCUUCCAAAUCUGGGUCUCGAUCAUCCAUCUUAGAGUUUCAGGCACCUAAAGUUCAGCAGCCGGCACCCAAGUCUGAGAUGCCACCGUCCAAGCCUGAAGCGGAGCAGCAGCCACCACCUAAGCCAGAGGUACAGCUCCAGCAACCUCAGCCGUACAACCCCGAGGUGGUGCAACAGCAAAUGCCGUCCAAGCCUGAGCCGGCACCACAGCAGCAGCCGCCCGCCAAACCAGAGGUAGCCCUGCCUCAUCAGCCGCCAUCCAAGCCCGAGGUGGCUCCGCAACCCAAGCCUGAGGUGGCCCAGCAGCCGCAGCCACCCAGGUCUGAAAGCAUGUUCUCUCAGGGUAGCACUGGUGGGGUCACCAUCGGCAGUUUCUCUGGUCUAGUGGUCAAUCAGACCGAUGAUGCCACCAAAGUGGACAAACCUCUGCAGGGGAGUCACCCCUUUGCACAAACACCUAAAACGGCAGCGACAACUCAGGCUACUGUGCCCUUUGGGACUGCUUUUCCAUCGGCAAAAUUAGACUCCACUGAAGUAACAACAGCCGUGCCAGUUGACGCCAGUGCUUCCAAGCAAUCUGAUCCAUUGAUUUCCUCCGUUCCUAUGAUCGGGGCCGAGUCGCCCAGUUUACAUGGCAGUUUGCCGUCAGCAUCCAGUAAGUCCAUUUCUACAUCCGGUGGUGAGGUGCGGAGUGCAGCCUCUGGACAGAGUGCAGCCUCUGGACAGAGUGCAGCCUCUGGACAGGGCCCAGCUUCCGUUACCUCAGCAGGUUCUUCCCAAAGUUCCAUCAUAGGAUCAUUGGGCUCCAUGGCUAUCGACACUGAAACUGUUGCUGACACUUCAAAGCAGCCAACUCCCGAAGAGAAGAAAGAAACCAGCAGUAGUAAUCUCACCACUUCUGAGAAAUCAUUAAUGGAACCAAAGAGUGGUUCAUUGACAUCAGCAGGCACACCAAUUAACACAGAAAUGGCAAGUUCACCGCCAAGUACUGAGAUACAACCUGCACAUCCAACUCUUUCCACUACCACUCCAACUAUAGUCUCUCUAGCUGCAUCCUCUGAAGGAAGCAUUGCACAAGAAUCCAGCCAGUUUUUACCUCUGGCGGACUCUACUAUUUCUCCUCAAUCUACCGCUAUGUCAGGGAGCAGUAUUGGCACUUCUCCACAGUUCGGGCCUCCUCAUGGCAGCUUGGCAGCGCUAUUGACAUCUCCACAUGUCAGCUCCAGCGAACCCUUAUCCUCAUUGGCCCAGGUUGAAAAUAAGGAUGCAAUGUUUGGGCAACUAACUUCAUCAGCAUCUUUAUCUAUCGUGGUGCAUUCACCAAGCAAAAGUGAUAGCAUCACCACUCCUUUCGGAGGAAGCUCGUCAAGCGUUAUUGGAAAGCCAACCUUUGGCCAAACUAGUGGUAUGGACUCAGAACAAGCUAGUACCACUAGUGAAGGGUUCAGUUUUGGCAGUGAACCAUUUGGAAGUCAACCACGCUUUGGUGAGCCCACUGCUACAGCACAAAGUGGCAGUCCCUUCGGUGGUGUUGCAAACGCCAGCUCCUUUACAUUUGGACAGCAGACUAAUAACAGUGGAGUAAUGUUUGGGCAACCAAGUACACCUUCAUUUGGACAAAGCUCUAGUUUUCCUUCAACUCCGACUUUUGGAUCCACCACAAGGCCAAAUGUUGCACCUGGCUUCAGCUUUCAGCCUUCGGGUUUUGGUGCUCCUCCGAUUGUGUUUGGUCAGCCUGCAGGCUCCGGCGCCAUAUUUGGUCAGAGUCCUAAGGGAGCAGUCUUUGGCUCUUCAGUUGCUGGGGCUGGAUUCUUCAGUGGAUUGGGAGGGAAGCCAAACCUGGAUGCAGCUGCUAAAAAUCCAUUUGGCCAAACAAAUUUUGGAACUGUUGACUCUCCAAAUGCACCCAAUCUAUUUGGCAACAGUGGUGCUAAGGCGUUUGGAUUUAACCCUGCCAAUUUUGGAUCAGAUCAGAAGUCUCCAGGCUCGUUCAGUGCUGGAUCCAGUGUUGCCGCCCAAGGAUUUGGCUCCUUUUCCAGUCCACCAAAACCUGCAGGUAGUUUUGGCGCUGCUCCGGUGUUUGGAAGCCCUCCGGCCUUCGGAGGUGGCCCAUCCUUCGGUGGAUCACCAGCGUUUGGUGGGGCACCAAGUUUUUUAUCUCCAAUGAGUCCUUCAGCAAGCAAAGUGUUUGGUGAAGGAACAGCAGCUGCCAGUGCCGGAGGGUUUGGGUUUGGAAGCAAUUCCAGUGCACACUCAUUUGGAGGCCUAGCAAAUCAACCUAGUCCUGCAUCUUUUGGAUCAGUGCCCCAACAGGGACCUGGCUUUGGCCAACAAGGGACUGGCUUUCCGGGCUUUGGACCUAACAGAGGAGGGUUUGGAAGUGGUUUUGGACCCACAAAUCAGUAAGUAAUGAGGCUGAAAGUUCAUUUCUAACUGAUACCAGAACCUGGAGUCGAUUUAACAUAUGAACAAACUGGACCUACAAAACAAAAUAUGACCAAGCCUUUACGGGCUAAAAGACAUUUUGCCCAGUUUUACAUCACAGAUGCUUUGACUUGUUUUUGAUGAGCUGUGUGUAUCUGUUAUUUGCUGUGAUUCUGAUGUAAGAGGAUUGUUUCGUUGUAACAAAUGCAAUAAAGAAUUAAUCAGCUGAGGAACCUACUUUAUUAUACAAACUAUGAACGCUUAAUAUAAUUAAUAUCAUUUUCUUGUAUUUAAAUCUCCAGGGUGUUAACAUCGGAAUAAAUAAACAACUGAGUAAAUUUUCUUUCAAA